ACCCCUGAUCCAUAUACAGAUGUAUUGAGGAAGUUAAACCAGAUACAGAUGUAUUGAGGAAGUUAAACCAGAUGUAUUGAGGAAGUUAAAACAGAUACAGAUGUAUUGAGGAAGUUAAACCAGAUACAGAUGUAUUGAGGAAGUUAAACCAGAUACAGAUGUAUUGAGGAAGUUAAACCAGAUACAGAUGUAUUGAUGAAGUUAAACCAGAUACAGAUGUAUUGAGGAAGUUAAACCAGAUACAGAUGUAUUGAGGAAGUUAAACCAGAUACAGAUGUAUUGAGGACGUUAAACCAGAUACAGAUGUAUUGAGGCAGAUAACCCAGAUACAGAUGUAGUGAGGCAGAUAAAGUGAGAUGGAGUUGCUCAUCCCCACCUUAACCUUGCUGGCCCACCUGCCCGUAGCAGCAGCGUAUAAGACAGACAUUCCGAGAGAAAAUACCAGAGCCAUCGUCCGACCCUCCACUGUGGCGGAAGAGGAAAACUACAACGUUUACUGUGACCCUGACAUUGCCGGGGUCCCGAAAAUCACGAGGGUUCAGGGCGUUUCCAAUUUGUCUGUGGACUGGACGGACGGGCACCGCCCACCUGAGACGUAUGCCAGCUACAGUGUCUGGAAACCCCAUGUCUUUAUUCGCCCCACCCGCCCUGUGCCAGCGGAUUGGUUGAGACGCUGGGUGUUUGACGUGAGGGCGGGGGAGGCCUUGAAUGGGCGUGGUCUGAUGGACAGAAGCGCCGUGAGCAUCAAGAUGUCUGCCACACGCGCACGCCUCACAGAGUCUGGUACUUUCUGCUGCAACGCUUCAUAUCACAACUUUAACGGGGAGGUGCAGUCUGUGGCCAGGUGUGAGGCCAUGAAGGUGACCCACCACGACAUCGUGAGUAGGAAACGUGUCAAGGUCAACGGUCCCUUCACCUUGACCUGUGACGCGAACCAUGUCGGCGUCCCUCGCUUGACUUCCGGUCUGUACAGGCUAGUGAUCAGCUUCAGCGAGGGAGGGGAGAGGAGGGUCCUGGCUAGGCUCGGCAUCGGCUCGUUUCAACUCAAGGUCGCGAGCCCACCAGAGACAUGGCCGCCUAGAAACUGGACCUUCACCUUCCACGGGGCAGAGAAACUGGACGACUCUGGCCGAUUGAACCGUGACGCGGCUGUGGUCGAACUGUCGAUCAAUGACGCCCUGCUCGCAGACUCCGGCUGCUACUGCUGUCAGGCGACCUACUUCCUACACAGCACGGACGUCGAGCACGAUCUCACGCGGUGUGCCAACGUCACAGUGACGGAGAGCAGCAUCAUUGAGCCGAAGGUGGUUUCUGUGGGGCGACCUUUCAACGUGACCUGUGACCCCGACCUUGCGGGGGUGGAAGAGGUCAUCUACGGCGUGCAGCUGAUGAUGAUCACGUGGGCGCCACCAGCAGAACAGCCGGUCGACAUGGCUCACAUGAUAAGUGACACCAAGCCAAGAAUUUUUUUUAACCAUACCCUGAGCCACUGGCAGUUCAAGUUUCGAGGGGACCAAACGAUCAACGCGGCUGACACGUUCGACAGGAACAUGCCCCAGGUCAGCCUGACCGUGCAGACGGCCAUGACGUCAGACUCGGGCAGAUUUUGCUGCCACGCGAGAUACUACGCUACGGUAUUCAAAAAAGUUGAGCAUUGUCAGGAUUUGUACGUUUUCGAUAUUAAUUCUGGGGUGACUAACCUCCCCCAAUCAGUUAGUGGAGGUCCCAUUGUUCGUAUGACCUCAGCUCUACUGAUUGGAUUACUGGCCCUGAGUCUGUGGCAGAUUUACUGGCCCUUAACUAGCUCAGGUGGUUGUGUGGUAUCUCCCCGAGGUCAUCACGUGGUUACAAUCACUAAAUCACGUGGCCACUGAUGCGUGUCAGCCAUUGGACAACUGGCAAACACAACAAGCCAGGAAACAACACACUCUUAAAAUAGAAUAAACAUCGCUUUA